GUUCGUUUAUGUAAAUUAAGCUAGAUUUUAAUUUUAUCAGGAGGACGGCCCUGUUCUCUACCCAAUAAAAAUGGACCGCGGCUGACACCUGGUUAUAAACACAGGAAGGAUUCCAAAGUCCUAAUCAGAAAUCAGUAGAAAAAAACGAAGACGCAUCUGCUACAGACACACGGAUGCAGGCGCGAUGACAUCCAGUAAAAUCGAACUCCCUGGUGAAGUGAAGACCGACGCCGAUGCCGCUGCGCUCAUGGCAUCUCUCCAGCUGAUGCCCUCGCCGGUGCCCAACGCGGAUAUCAAGUACACUAAGAUUUUCAUCAACAAUGAGUGGCAAGACUCUGUGAGCGGAAAGACCUUCCCAGUCUACAACCCCGCCAGCGGAGAGCAGAUCUGUGAGGUCCAAGAAGCAGAGAAGGCUGAUGUGGACAAGGCGGUGCAGGCGGCCCGGCUGGCCUUCACCCUUGGUUCAGUGUGGCGGAGGAUGGAUGCGUCAGAAAGGGGUAGACUGCUGGCUAAACUGGCUGACCUGGUGGAGAGGGACAGUGCCUAUCUAGCAACUAUAGAGUCCAUGGACAGUGGGAAGCCUUUCCUGCCCACCCUGUUUGUGGACCUCCAGGGAACCAUAAAGACGCUCAGAUACUAUGCUGGAUACGCAGACAAGAUCCAUGGAACGUCCAUUCCAAUGGAUGGAGACUAUCUUACGUUCACUAGACUCGAGCCCAUAGGAGUGUGUGGACAGAUCAUCCCUUGGAACUUCCCACUGAUGAUGACUGCGUGGAAGCUAGGUCCAGCACUGGCCUGUGGGAACACAGUGGUCCUGAAGCCUGCUGAGCAGACUCCCCUCACCUGCCUGUACAUCGGAUCUCUGGUCAAAGAGGCCGGGUUUCCACCGGGAGUCGUCAAUAUUUUGCCAGGAUUCGGGCCAACGGCAGGAGCUGCGAUUGCUUCGCACAUGGGCAUAGACAAAGUGGCUUUCACAGGAUCAACUGAGGUCGGCAAGCUGAUCCAAGAAGCAGCUGGGAAGAGUAAUUUGAAGAGAGUAACGCUGGAGCUAGGAGGAAAGAAUCCCAACAUUAUUUUUGCAGACGCUGAUUUGGAUCUAGCUGUGGAGCAGGCCCACCAGGGAGUGUUCUUCAAUGCAGGCCAGUGCUGCACUGCAGGCUCUCGUAUCUUCGUAGAAGAGCCCAUCUAUGAGGAGUUUGUGCGCAGGAGUGUGGAGAGGGCCAAGAGGAGGACAGUAGGAAGCCCCUUCGAUCCCACCACGGAGCAGGGUCCACAGAUCAGCCAGGAGCAGCAGAGCCGCGUGCUGGAGUUUAUUCAAAGUGGCAUCAGUGAGGGAGCCAGGCUGGAAUGUGGAGGCAAAGCCCUGGGCCUGAAAGGAUUCUUCAUCGAGCCCACUGUUUUCUCCAAUGUCAAGGAUGACAUGCGCAUCGCAAAAGAGGAGAUCUUUGGACCAGUUCAGCAGAUCAUGAAGUUCAAGACUAUUGAUGAGGUGAUUGAAAGGGCCAACAACACAGAGUACGGCCUGGUGGCAGCUGUGUUCACCAGCGAUAUCACCAAAGCCAUGACCAUCUCCACAGCCAUGCAGGCUGGCACCGUCUGGAUAAACUGUUUCAAUGCCCUGAGCACGCAGUGUCCAUUUGGAGGAUAUAAAAUGUCUGGCAACGGGCGUGAAUUGGGGGAUUGUGGCCUGAAGGAAUACUCAGAGGUGAAGACCAUCACCAUAAAGAUCUCAGCCAAGAACUCCUAAAGCCACUACACCACACGUAGUGGAGGAGGACUUCCUCUGAGGCGCACCACUGACCGUCUGGGUGUCUGUCUGUGGUGGUAAAACACACUGAUCAUCCCAACCAGCCAUGAACAUGGGCAACUAACUCUAUUGGCUGUGAAAACUCCCUGCCCACUCUUCUCCCUCACCUCCCAUGGGCAGUCCUCACAUCAACAUCAGCUGUCUCCAUCAGCCCGGUGUCCACUGGCAGUCUCAAGUUCACACCAAACCUCUACUCCACCUACUGCCAUCACCCACCUCCUCCACUAACCACACUAAAGCACUCGGAGAGACGAUGGGAGAGGCUACUCUGUUCACGUCCCCCCCAAAACCCCCCUAACCCCCAGGAGUUGGACACUCACAGACUUAAGCACCACACCGCCAUCCCUGCUUUGCCCCAUGUCAGCUAAUCAUUGUAGCAUGUUGGGAGGCAGUGUGGUCGUGUUGUGGGGUAUCAUUGUCAAACCUCAUACUGUAUGUUAUUAUGUGUCAUUGCUUUGAUUUGCCAGGUAACAUUCAUGGAAGCAUAUCAGCUCAUUCUAAGACCACUGAAGCUCUCAACCUCAGAAAUGAAUGGAUGAGUCCAUUGAAACUGUUAAUUAGAAUUUUUAAUUGUUAAUAUCUAAUUGUUCAUGUUUUUAUUUGAAAUUUUACCACUUAACACUGUAUGUCAACGUAUGACCAAUGUAAACGUGAAAACAAAAAUGGUUAACCUCUUAAAAGCAUUUUAGUCAUACCUGCUAAGAAGAGGAGUAAUGUAUUUUAAUCAUAAUGUAAGUUUCUUAUUGAUGUCCAUUUAUGUUCAUGUUUAUACAAUUAUGUACUAUGAAAUUAUAAGAUAUAAAAAUGGACCAUAGCUUUUUUAGUAAAUUUUUUUUUUUUCUCUCAAAAA